AAAAAAUCAUUUGUAUGCAAAAAAAAAAAAUUCGAUAGACUUGAAAACGCCUGCACAACAAAUAAUUACCGGAAAAAUAAAAUAUUUUUUUAUUUAUGUUAAAACCAAAAAUGUUUCUGACUUGAGUUUCGCUGGCGUUAUACGCGCCACCAACAACAGUGUGAAUUAAAGGAAAUUAUAAAAGUGGAAGAAAAUAUUUAGAAAUCAGCCAACAAGUUUCAUACUGAAUACUUUUGUGCGUACACAGUUACAUUCAUAUACGAACUAUGUGCUUGUAUUUAUAAAUAUCAUGCGACGACCACUCACCGUUAUCAACAAUACAUAUACACCAACACCAAUGAAAUACUGAAAAAGCCACAGUAGAAACACUACAAACAAACUAAAGCAAGCAAACGAAAAGUGAAAGUGUGAAUUCUGCCGUGUAAAAAGAAAUUUUUCACUUUCAAAAAUAUACAAAAAAAAAAUACAGAAAAAAGCAAAAAGAGAAAAACCACCUAAAAGCAGAGAAUUACACAAAUACUGUACAGAAUGAAAUAUUUUUAAACAAUUUUUGAAAAAACUUUUGCGCAACUCAUAAAUAAUCAAUAAACUAAAUAAAUCAACCAUAAGGACACAUCAACAGGCAAUAAAACAAAAAAAACCAGAUUCCUUUGGAUUAAUUGUGCGCAAAAAUUUGCAUACAUAUCUACAUACAUACACGCUGAUCACUGGCCGCUAGCAAUCAUUGCACCAAAAUUCCAAAUAAACAGCAUUCAUGGAUAUGGCCGCCAAUGAAAUCAUGGCCGCCAACGAGAUUAUGGCGCCCAAUGUCAAUGCCAAUUGUCAAUAUUCUACACGAUAUUGCUGGGAGGCAGAAAAAGUGAAAACAUUAAUCAGAUUACGUGCGGAACUCUCGCCGUUAUUCACAGGCAAACGGAAUGCCUCCAAAUAUGCAUGGGCGGUUGUCGAACGCAAAUUGAAUGUGCCGCUGCCACUUUCCAAGAUUAUCAAAAAAUGGAAUAAUCUCUUGCAGGAAUAUAAGGCCAUUAAAAUGUCUGAGGAGCCCAAGCGUCGAGAAUGGCCUUUCUUCACACUUAUGGAUGUCUAUUUUAGCGAUCAAGUGAACGAUCCAUCAUUGCGCCUAUUCUCCUCUACGAAAACACUGCGUGAGACCAUCGACGAUAGUGUCUUCGAAGACGAUCCCAUUAUUGUGUCGGCCAUAGAGGCGGCUACUUCGGGUGCUUACAUGGACAUCGACGAGCUUAUCCGUCGACAAAAAGAACGCGCCGAGAAGAAAUACGCGUUGGGUGGUGGCAGUAUUGCCGAUUACAAAUACGACAUCAAACCGAUGUUGCAGAAUAGUAAAUUCAACAGCAAUGAUACACUGAAACUUUCAAAGAGCGUUGACGAUCUGAGCAUGCAACAGUACAAAAUCAAGGAUGAACUCAUGCGCCAACACGAGCAGGAGCAACAGGAAAAUAUACUCAAGAUCAAGCAGCAUGCACGCCAGCAACAACAACAGGCCCAACAGCAAGCACAGCAACAAGCCCAGCGCGAACGUGAAAGAGAGCAACGUGAACGCGAGCAACAAGUGGCUCAAAAGCAACGCUAUUUACACGUCGCAGCGGCUGGACAACAACAAUUGCCACCGCCCCCAUCACCGCAUGCAGUACAUCGCCUAGCUCAGCAAGCGACACCACCGCCAGGCCUGCAGCAUGCCUUGCAACAGCAACAUCAACAUUUGUUGCACCAGCAACAUCAGCAACAGCAGCAGCAACAACAACAACAGCAGCAGCAGCAACAUCAUCUUCACCAGCAGCAGCGCCAACAACAGUUGCAGCAGCAGCAACAACAACAACUUCAACAACAACAACAGCAGCAGCAGCAACAACAAUUGUCGCCGUCUAUUGCCCAACUACCACCGCCACCCACACCGCCCACCACUGCCCAGCAAAUACACAUACAGACGGCACAACAUCAAGCCACACAACAACAGUUACAACUGCAACAACAACAACAACAACAACAGCGAGAACAGCGAGAACACAAUUCACAACAGCAAUCAACACCAUACGCCGAUCCCAAUACCAUCGAUCAGUACCUAUUGUCGUGGAAUAAUUUCCAUGGUAACAUGUGUCGCGGUUUCCACACGCUUCAGAAGGACGAGAAGAUGGUGGAUGUAACAAUCGCAGCCGGCGGAAAAAUAUUCAAAGCACACAAACUGGUACUAUCCGUUUGUAGUCCAUACUUUCAGCAAAUAUUUCUUGAAAAUCCAUCGAGCCACCCUAUACUUUUGAUGGCUGAUGUAGAAGCGCCUCAUAUGGCUGGCCUUCUGGAUUUCAUGUACAGCGGUCAGGUAAAUGUAAAAUAUGAGGAUCUACCAGUUUUUCUAAAAGUAGCUGAAGCAAUGAAGAUCAAAGGCCUGCACACCGAGAAAAAUAUCAAUGACAAGGAAAACGGUUCAAACACGGACAGCGACUUUAUGACAUCACCAACCGGACCUGGCACUCAAUGUCACUUCGAUCGUGCUACACAUAGCGUCAACAUAACCGGUCAUCCGUAUGGACAGCCCCCACAGCAACCAACCGCACCACCGCCGACACAGUCAGUCGCUCAGACGACAUUUGAACAUAGCAUGAACGGCACUGGCGGACCACUCUCACCUUCACCUGGCUUUGCCUCUUUCCGGGAUCACAUCAAGUCCAAGGCCAGCUUUGCUGAAACCUUUAUGAAGAAUCUCAGUCGCAACAAUAACAACAACAGCAGCAUUAAUAACUACAAUAAUUUAGGCAAUUCAUUACCAGACUCAACGGCCGUUACUCGUAAAUCGGACAAUUUCGCAAUUCUACAAGCAAACAGCAAAAAGAUUUUAGACACAUCAAGAAAACCACAAAAAUAUCUAGCCAAACGUAAGAUCCUAAUGCAUUACAAUGAAGAAUUGAAUGAGAAACGUCGUAAGGAGAUGGACUGCUAUAGUAAUGAAUUGGAUUUGCAUGGUAACUUGGACAUCACGCUAGUGGAAACGAAUAAGGCAACACCACCGGUUGCCAUGGGUUUAACAACCGGAGUGUCAGUUAGCGCCAUAAGCAACAGCAUCAGUGGCAGCAAUAACUAUAAGAUACGACUCAUGGAGAAACAUCAGAACGAUACAGCGGCUGCAGCUGCCCUCACCACCUCAUUAAAGCAUAGCAACGACGACGUUGGUAAUAAUAAAGAGACUCCAACGGCUACGAAGGAGACCGCACAACCGGAAGAGGAAAUCACAGAAGCAUUGAAUCUCGUACAAAAUAGUACAACCAUCAACAACACACCCACCACCAUUAAUAGCACCUAUGAUGAAGAGAAGAGAGCAACCGAUGAGAGUUCGAAGGAAUCCUCAAACUCUGUCACCGCCAUGAUACCGCUUGUGCCGUUAAUCAACAUUAAAGAGGAACAACCAGAUUUAAGUUACAACAUGGGCAAUAAUAUCUGUGCUGGUAGUGGACUAAGUAGUGGAGGAAGUAGCAGUGGUUGUAGUAUUGGUGGUCACAGUAGCACGAGUACAUCCGAUGAGGAUGAGUUGGAACGUGAACGGGAACGAGAACGAGAGCUGGAGCGUGCAUUGGCGCGAGAGAGGGAGCAUGAAUGUGAGCGAGAACGAGAACGUGAGCGAGACCGGGAGCGUAUAUACGAACGAGAACGCGAACGAGAACGCGAACGCGAACGCAAUCAGUAUCUUGCCGAUUAUAAUAAAAAGGACGAUAUGGAGACAGAUUCAAAUAACAACAAUAGCAAGGAAAUGACAAAUUUAAACAAAAAUGUGGCGCUCAUACAUGCAAUCACACGUAACUUGGAGCAUCCGAAAAGCGACAACAACAACAAUCACACGGAAUCACUAAGUAAUACACGUUCGGAUAGUCCAGUCUUAGCAGCAGGCAUUACUGACAAUGAUACGGUAAAGAAUAUAGCGACAGCUGAAAUUUUAUGUGGUCUCAAGAGUAAGGUUUUCAAAAUGGAGAAGCUAGACGAGGAGAGAGAGCGAGAACGCGAGAAUUGCCGUAGCAUGAGCGAAAUAAAAAACGCUGGUGAAUGACGAUUGAGUGCGUUAACACGCAAGUAGAGACGAGAGCAAGAUAAGUGUCAAAUGUGGUACUGAAAUCGCAGGGGCGAAUACAAACCGGAUAGAAAUAGUGUCCGCCAAGUAAUUUUUUGAAAAGAUUUUACGAUAUGCAUGGGAUUUUGAGCUCUUUGCGAUCGUAUGCAUUUGGGAUAUUAUUUUCUCAACUAAUGUGGUAUGAAAUUAUUUCACUUCUCCUUAAAAUUCGCUUCUGCAUACGCCGCUGUAAGCCGUUGUGAUUGAAGAAGUGGCUCAAAUGACAGGUAAGAAAAACAAAUUGGGGCGGAAGACAUAUUGGUUAUGCGAAGCAAAGAGUUGCCCGAGCCUUAGUUUAGUUGAUAUGUAUGCAGUGCAUUUGUUUAAUUGUUUUAAUUUGUUAAUUUAUAGUUAUUUAUUUUAUUUCAUAAAUGCAUACAAACAUACAUACAGACAUAUAAUAUGUAAUUCGAUUAUCUCCAUUAACCUCGUGUGUCUAAGUACGCAUGAGUCAGCAGACGUAGGAAAAUCUUAUAAGUAGCUUAAGUUGAGGUAUAAAAACUAGUUUUAAAAAUUAAAAAAAAACAUGUAUAACAUUAUAAAAAAAAAAUUCAUAUAAAAAUUAAUAAAAAAAAAUCUAUCAUCGGAGCAUGCAAAUUUUGAGGGAAUUUUUAGUUCUUUACUUAAAAACUUGUUCACUGUAUUACCCGGAAAGUAAAUUACUGGCAUAUGUAGUUAACUGAUUUCAUAAAACUUGAAUGGUAUUUGUAGCCUGUUAAACAUUAUAAUUAUUUUUUUUUAUUCAGAAAAAUUACCUG